GAUAGCGUCCGUUCGUUCGUGCUGUGCUUCGCAAAAUAUAAGCCAUUUUGGCUCGGGCGGUUGAAGGUCUCUCUUCCUUUGGCGGCUUUGGUCUUCGGCCUCGCUUGAUUGCAUUUCAUUCAAGAAAUCUGGUGCACAUUCAGCCCGGUCCGGUACAUAUCGUACAAACACACUCGUUACAACGAGGAAGUGAUCAUGGAAGCAGCAGUUAAAGCGAAAAUGGAGAAAUAAUUUUGCUAUUUACCCCGUUUUGGAACUGGAUCGUUGUUGUUACAAGCACUGGCGGAGCAAAUGUGCAGUUGUACAAUCAUCCCAACCUGAUACAUUUGCUGCCAAUGAUAACGAAAGUUCCAACGGCAGCUGCUGCUUUUCAGUCGAAAUUGAAGAGUUCUCCGUUCUCCGUCGGUGUCGCCGUUGCUCGUCGCGUUCGUUCCGAGUUGUGCAACUUCGUGCCUACAAAAGACAAACAAUCUGGUGACUUGGUUGGAUACAGUAGCAACAAUAGUCUGUUACAUAAGCCUAAUCGAGAAACUCUAUGCCCUCCUCUUCCGCUGAUAGUUUGUCGUGUUUUGUUCUAGAGACUGAGCAACAACAAUAACAACAAAGUGCCAGAGCUCUACUAAGUAUAUACUGCAAAUAAUGAGCAAUCCACCGCGCACGACCAAGUUGAAUCGCGUUUCGCGUGACAGUGGCAUUUGCGUGGAAGACGGCGGACACAGCAAAUCGCCUCUGGGUAGUGAAAGUGCAGUGAAAAAGCGUUUCCCAGCUGGCGGAGGUGGCAAAACCGGUGGCCGUUCGUCGUACGUUCACCGCCUAACGCAGCACUUCGAAAAUCUGACCUGCCACGAUGAGAGUGACCGAAGCACACCGACGUCAUCCACCUCCGAAGAGCGAUCGUCAGCAGCUUUUAGUUCCGAUUGGAAUUUAAGUGCAACCACGGCAGCGACACCGGCGGAAGUUGAACUGCAAGUGCCAAGUGCAAAUGAGUGUGACAAAAAAGGUGAGAGGAUGGAUGACGCAGUGGAAGUGAUUGAAAAUAUCUACGAGGAAAUUCUGGUCGGUAAAACAGUCUUGUCCAACCUUGCGGAUAGACAACACACUCACCUGUCGACGGUGGAAUUCGGAAUUAAUCGUAAUGCUGAUAAUGGGACCGUCGGCGAUGGCGAUACGUUAUCAAAAGUCAAACGCGAUAACAAUUCGAAAAGAGCUAUUGAGUAUGCCGAGGAAGCCACCGAAACUUUGAUAGUAGCGGAAGCAAGGAACACGAUUAUAUCACAAGAACCUGUCCACCAUGAUCACUACUAUGACGAUGAUGAGUUCAGUGAUACCGAUUCGUUCGAUUCGAGUGAUGAUGAAGAGCAAGCGGUUAUCAACACUAGGCCAGAUUCGAAUUCUUCCAUCAAAUCCGAACGAAUUACCAGUAUCAUGAAAGAGCUGUUGGAGAACGAAGAAAAUUAUGUCCAAACACUCGCAAAGGGCAUAGAAGACUACAUAAGCAUAAUGCACCAGAAGGACCUACCUCCGGGAUUACGCGGUCAGCGGUAUCAUAUUUUUGGCAACAUUGAAAGUAUUUACGACUUCCACAAAGAAAAGUUCCUACCAAAGUUACGGGAAAACCGUGCCAGCAUUCAGGGCAUAGCGGAAACAUUCAUCAGGUUUAUCGAACAUGACAGAUUUUACUGCUACAUUCUGUUUGCACUCAAUCGGCCCAAGUCGGAGAAGAUAUGCAACAAAAAUUUAGAAUUUUUCCAAGAACGCCAAAAUGAAGUCGGUGAUAAGUUAGGACUGAACAGCUUUCUGUUGCAACCGAUUCAACGGUUGCCACGGUAUAAGUUGCUAUUGGCGGAGAUCAACAAGGAAGUUUUGAAGUUGAUAGCCGACUCGUUACUUGACUCCGUCAAAGAUGAGAUCGGCGUGUUGUGCAAGGCUGAAAAACGUCUCGAGCGCUUCAUCGACGUAGUUAACGAAGCGAUGAGUAUCAACGACAUUCGCGAAUGUUAUGAGAAACUGAUUUCGAUCCAGACAGAACUGAUGAGUCCACUAUCGAUUGCUUUCAAUGUAUUCAACCAAAUUGUCGAAUCGCCCCCAGUGUUAAUCCUAUGGGCUAGGAAUAACAAAAAUUCCGAGAAAAAUAAGGCUAUAAAUUUGCUUCACCAGGGAAAAUUCCGCAAAAUGUUCGAAAUGGAUAUCUAUGAUUGGGAUCGGAGGCGCCGAUACCCGGGAAAGAUAUUUUUCUUUGAAAAAUGCAUAAUUUACACGGAAAAAUUCAAAGAAUACCUGGAAUACCGCGGCCACUACAUCGACUCUGAAGUGGGUCUGUAUAACGAUGGCAAGAGUAAGCUAUGCGUCUUUUCCAAAAAACGUGGAAUUCAAGAGGUGGAAGUUUCCGGCAGUGAAAUUUCUGUCGUUCAAAAAAUGGCCGGUUAUAUCGAGAACGUGAUGAGGGGCUACGCAAUGCACGAACGGCAACGGAUUAACGAUCUCACCACAAAACGGGAGUGGAACGAGCAACGAGUGCCGAGUGUGAAGACCAUCAACCGGGGGAGUAUGGCCAGUACGCAGAGCACCUUGUCGAUCAUCAGUAAUGCCAGUAGUCGGGACAGCUUCGAAUCAACUUCUCAAACAACGUGGGAUACUGACAAUCCGGUUCAGAAUUUGGUAUCCACACAGAAACAUUUUUGUCAGAUACUGGCGGUGAACAGAAAAUAUUACUUCUGCCAUCUGCCGGAGGAGCUGUCGGAAAAAAUUCAUCGUUUCAUCAAUGUGUAUGAUCAAAUCCUAGAGCUGCAUACCAAACGAGUCUACGAAGAUCUAGCUCGUAAGGAUCUCAGCGUUGACGAGUUUUGCGAACUGUUUAUUCAGUACUUUAAGGAAGAUAUUUUCGAACCGUACAACUCCUAUCUGAAACAUUUCAAGAAGGCGGCUGGAAUAAUGAAGAAUAUCCAUCGAGCAUCGCGCACGUCUCUCAGCGGUACCUUGGUGGCCCAAACAAUCGAAGACUUUACUUUUCUGGCUAUUGACAUCUGGACCAAAUAUCAAAACUUCGUGCAAACCCAAAUCGUGCGUAUGUCGGAUCAAAUGAACGACAAAGUCAAUGCAGCCGACAAGGAUCUGUUCCGCAAAGUCGCAUUCGCCGAAGUUCAAAUCAAUGCGUUCCGCAAGAGCUUGGUUCAAAAUUAUCGUUUGUUCAACAUAGACGAAAAUGUCACCGCUUCCAGUCUCGGUCUGGUGGUGUAUUCCGAUCGGGUCCGGUACGCCAAUGAGACGCUCAGUUCCCACAGGAUACUGCUGUGCGAGAAAGGCACUGUCUGCGUAAAGGUUCAACAGGUGAAGGAAAUCGAUCGACAAGCGGAAAAAUACAAUCGGAUUGUGUUCGUGGACAAAUUUCGAAGAGGUGUUCCGGUGGUAAAAUUGAGCAAAAAGUCUGAUGUUAGAGUUAAUUUUGAACUUAAUGGAAACAAGCAUUCUGUGGAUUUCGGAAACAAAGCCCACAAAGAUAAGUUUUUCGGCAAUUAUUGCAUGCAUUAUGAGAGAUAUUGUAAAAAAUAAAUAGAAACCCAUUAAAAAGCCAGUGACAGUUCAUUAACUACAUCAACGAGACAAAUUGUAAAAUAAAAAUUGUAGAAUGAAAAA